CCAUCGAAAACCGUCACCGAACAAACCCCACCGCCGCCGUGCCCCCGCCCCCCGAGCCCGGAAACCACCCGCCCGCCCGCCAUGGCGUUCCGGCUGAGCAACAACCUCAUCGGCAUCCUCAACUUCGUCACCUUCCUGCUCUCCAUCCCGAUCCUCGGCGCCGGCAUCUGGCUGGGCCACCGCGGCGAUGACACCGAGUGCGCGCGGUACCUCGCCGCGCCCGUCAUCGCGCUCGGGGUCUUCCUCCUCGUCGUCUCCCUCGCGGGGCUCGUCGGCGCCUGCUGCCGCGUCACCUGGCUGCUCUGGGUCUACCUCCUCGCCAUGUUCGCCCUCAUCCUUGCCCUCUUCUGCCUCACCGUCUUCGCCUUCGUCGUCACCAACCGCGGCGCCGGGGAGGCCGUCUCCGGCCGCGGCUACAAGGAGUACCGCCUCGGGGACUACUCCAGCUGGCUGCAGAAGCGCGUGGAGAGCACCAAGAACUGGAACAGGAUCAGGAGCUGCCUCCAGGACUCCAAGGUCUGCAAGAGCUUGCAGGACAAGAGGGAGACGUUCGCCGACUUCAUCCGCUCCGACCUCUCACCCAUCCAGUCCGGCUGCUGCAAGCCCCCCACCAGCUGCAACUUCACCUACGUGAACGGCACGGACUGGACCAAGACCCCCACGAUCAGCCCGACGGCGGACCCGGACUGCAGCACCUGGAGCAACGAGGCGCUCUGCUACGACUGCCAGUCCUGCAAGGCCGGCGUGGUGGCCACCUUGAAGCGGGACUGGAAGCGCGUCGCCGUCGUGAACAUCGUCUUCCUCGUCUUCAUCAUCAUCGUCUACUCCGUCGGCUGCUGCGCGUUCCGGAACAACCGCAGGGACAACGCCUACCGCAGCGGCGGCUGGAAGGGCGGCUACGCCUGAUCGCCCGGCCUCGCCGGAGCCGAGAGCCACUGCUGCUGCUCGACUGGUUGCCGUCGUCGUGCACGAUGAUCAGCGCUCUGCUAGCUCUCUCUCGCUGUCCUGCGGUCGUUGUCGUCCUAUUCGUCUAGGCUCGAUCUAGCUCUGUACAGGCGAGAUUACUACGGACUCUUGUCAUCUGGUAGUUACCUUUAUUAUGAUCUCUGAUCAGCACAGCAGGUAGGUUUUGACGUUUUGUACAUGCUGUUAGUUGAUUCAUUCGACACACCGCUAUAUAUUCGUAUAUGCAUGUCUUUAUUCUACAUAUGUUAUUUUGGUUCAGAAGUUUUCCUUAUUAUCGACUUGCAGCUCUGAUU